AUGCAAUUAUUACUUCAUCAAAUCAUUAUUAAUGAAUUUAAAUCGAAUGGAGUUGUUGCUGCUAAUGAUAAUUUAUCAUCAUCAUUAUCCAUAUCUUCUCCAAUUGUGAUGGAAAGAAAUUCACCACUUUCUGCAUCAUCAUCACCUUCUUCGCCAACAGCAACAACAUCAACAACUCAAUCAUCAGUUUUUGAUGUUUUGCCUUCCGAUUGUCAAUGGAAUAUGAAUUCACAAUAUAAACACGAUCGGACAAUGAUGUUUGUCACUGGAAAGAAUGAUUAUCUUCAAUUGGUGGCUGGAGAGAAGGUAAUUUAUGAUUUUACAUGUCAUUUGGAUCAACAAUUGAAAUUCUCUUUGGAUGAUGUGAUUCAUAUUGCAAAUGGUGAUAAUCAUUCGAUAUUCUUGACAAGUGAUGGAAAGGCCUUUGGAAUUGGAUCGAAUACUCAAGGUCAAUUGGGAGAAUUCAAUGUAGAGUUUGGAGUUUUAUUUGAAAUUAAGAUUAAACAAUCAAAGAGGGGGAGGAUUACAAAAGUAGCAUGUGGAUCAUUUCAUUCUAUUAUAUUGAAUAGUGAUGGAUCUAUUUGGGUUACUGGUGAUAAUAGUUUUCAUCAAUUGGGAAUUGAGGUUGACCAUUUGAAAUGUUUCACUAAAGUGGAAUUUCAACAAGAUUCACCAAUAUCUCACAUUUCAACUAGUUAUUCUCAUACACUUUGUUACUCUGAGAGGGAUAAUAUAUUGUACAGUAUGGGAACUACAUUUGGCGAUGAUACUGAAUAUUUCACACCACAUCGAUUGACAUUUUUUGAUGAUAAGGAUUUCAAGUUGACUUCUGUGAAUGCAGGAUAUCGAUAUUCUGCAUUUCUGACAUCCAAUCAUACAGUGUACAUUAUGGGAAAGAUUGAAAAGUACAAUGUUUUUGAACCAACCCAAUUGAACUUAUUCGAACCAUUAGUUCAAGUAUUCUCUGGAGGAAAGCAUUUAUUCUUAAAGACAAUUUCCAAUCAAUUCUAUGGACUAGGAAUGAACGAUGACAAGCAAUUACCAUUCAGUAAGGUCAUUACUGGCACAAUAGAACCACAACUCUUACAAUUACCUACCCAUGAACAAGUUAGUGAUAUGGCAGCUGGUUCCUACCACACUGCCCUCACAACCUCAUCAGGAAAUAUCUAUGUGUGUGGCUGGAGUGAAUUAGGACAAACUGGCUUAGGUAAGAAUACCAUCACUGCAGAUUGCACUCCAUUAAGCUUGGAUCCAUCAGUCGUGUUGGACAUUUCUCGUGGAACAACAAGUGUCAAGCUGUUUCUCUCCUCCUCAGCCGACAAUUCCUUCAUUCUCCUCAAGAGAGCACACAAUAUCGGUCGAUUCUAUUGUCGAUUAUUUCACUCUGUCCUGAGUUGCAAUUCAUUGUGUGAUGUGAAAAUUAUUUCACACCCUGCUGACCAUACAGCAACAACUGAGGCGAAGAAAUAA